UUUUUGCGAAGCCUCCCUGAAAAAUCAAAUACGACAGUGAGAAUAUUUGAUCGCGGAGAGUACUUCACAGUACAUGGACCUGAUGCUGUUUUAGCUGCCAGGGAACUGUUCCACACUAAUUCUGUCAUCAAACUUUUGGGAGCAGGUGAUAACAAAGUUGAGUCUGUCAUCCUGAGUCGAUUGAAUUUUGAGUCCUUUGUUCGUGAUCUGCUUCUUGUUAAACACUACCGAAUUGAGGUCUAUAAGCAAAAGUCUGGCAAGAAUGAUUGGGAGGCUGAAUACAAGGCUUCACCUGGCAAUUUAUCCCAGUUUGAAGAAAUCUUGUUUGGGGGAAGCAGUGAGCUACAUGUUACAACAGGUGUCAUGGCUGUAAAAUUGGCUAAUGAAAGUGGACAGAGGAUUGUCGGAGUUGGUUACGUGGACACAGCGGGAAGGGUCAUGACUGUCUCAGAAUUCACUGACAAUGAAGCUUUCAGUAAUUUAGAGGCUCUGAUUGUUCAGCUUGGACCUAAAGAAUGCUUAAUUGCACAGGGUGAUUUGGGCCCAGGUGGAGUGAAGCUGAAACAGGUACUUUCAAGAAGCAAUAUGCUCGUCACUGAGAGAAAAAAGGGUGAAUUUUCAGUGAAAGACGCAGACCAAGAUCUGAAUCGUCUCUUGCGGGGAAAAGACACCGGCUCUGUUGCAACAAGACCAGAAUUUGAUCGUGUUGUUGCUCUUGCAGCCUUAACUGUAGUGAUCAAAUACCUGGAGCUUCUUAGCGAUGAAUCGAACUUUGGCCAGUUUGGCCUCUCCCAAUAUGACUUGAGUCAGUAUGUGAGAAUAGAUAGCGCUGCAGUCAGAGCACUUCACGUUGAGCCAAUGGGAGAAACGCUUGAGGUGUCUGGUGGAUCUUCCAAAACACAUACCAUUCUUGGCCUUUUGGACAAAUGUCGAACACCGUUGGGUCAUCGUCUUCUUGCUCAGUGGCUUCGGCAGCCUCUCAUUGACAUUAACAAAAUAGAGGAGCGCCAGGACCUAGUUGAAGCUCUGGUAUCGUCAGUUGACUUACGUCACAGCCUUGGAGAAGAACACCUUAGAAGUAUUCCUGAUCUUCAUAGGUUGGCACGAAAAUUGACUCGUAAGGCAGCAACACUACAGGAUUGCUAUAGGUUUUAUGUUUGUGUUCAGCGUUUACCCAGCAUGUGUGAAGCUAUUGCAAAAUAUGAAGGUCCCCAUGUAACGUCUUUAGCAGCAGUGUUUACGACCCCUCUUCAGGAACUAAUAUCCGACCUCAGUAAGUUCCAAGAGAUGAUUGAAACGACUGUUGAUUUGGAACAAGCCAAGUUGGGAGAAUAUGUUAUCAAGCCAGAUUUUGACGACAAACUUGGAGUGCUGCGGGAGAACAUGGACGAUUUGGAAAAGGAUAUUCAGAGUCAGUUUAGAAAGGCUGCUAGUGACUUGGGCCUGGAAGCAGGAAAAUCCAUAAAACUGGAGUCAAAUGCACAACUUGGAUAUUUCUUCAGAGUCACUUUAAAGGAAGAAAAAGUCUUGCGUAAUAAUAGGAGCUAUCGAAUGAUAGAUACAAACAAAGCUGGUGUGAGGUUCAGAAACAGCGCCUUGGAAGAUUUGAAUAACCAACACACCUCUUGUCGAGAAGAAUACGGAUCACAUCAGAAAGUUGUAGUUAAUGAGAUAUUAGGCAUUGCUGCCGGAUAUGUUGAAGUUAUUCAGCAGUUUGGACAAAUUAUUGCAACCCUCGAUUGUGUUUUCGCCUUGGCUACAGCAGCUGUAUCAGCACCCAUUCCUUAUGUGCGACCUAAGCUUUUACCCAAAGGCUCUGGUGUGAUGAUUGAAGGGAUUCGACAUCCUUGUUUAGAACUUCAGGAUGAGAUUUCUUACAUUCCAAAUGAUUGUACCUUAAACGAAGAUGGUGGACUCUUUCACAUAAUUACCGGGCCAAACAUGGGUGGUAAAAGCACAUACCUCAGAUCGGUUGGAGCAGCAGCACUGAUGGCUCAGAUUGGGUCUUUUGUGGCUUGUGAUGAAGCUGAGAUUUCUGUGUUGGACAGUAUACUGGCAAGAGUUGGUGCUGGUGACUGUCAGUUGAAGGGAGUUUCAACGUUUAUGGCAGAGAUGUUAGAAACAGCAACUAUCCUACGAUCUGCGACUAAAGACUCCCUGAUCAUCAUUGAUGAGUUAGGGCGAGGAACGUCAACUUACGAUGGCUUUGGUUUAGCUUGGGCAAUAUCAGAGUACAUAGCUAAAGAAAUAGGAGCCUUUUGUCUAUUUGCUACUCAUUUUCAUGAACUUACCAGUUUAGCAGAUGAAGUUAAUUCUGUGAAGAACUUUCAUGUGACAGCAUCUACCUCUCAUGGUUCCCUUACUUUAUUAUAUCAGGUUCGUCCAGGAGCCUGCGAUCGAAGCUUUGGUAUACACGUAGCCAAGCUAGCCAACUUUCCUGAUAGUGUGAUUGAGUAUGCAAAGAGAAAAGCCGGCGAACUGGAAGACGAAUUCUGUGGUGAGGAUGAUGAUGAAUCAGAAGAAGCUGUGAAAAGAAGGAAGGUAGAGAAACGUGAGGGAGAAAAAUUGAUAGAAACCUUCCUCUCCAAAGCCUCAGCCUUGCACAAGGAAGGGGUUGACGAUGAAAAGUUACAGCAGGAAAUCGGCAAGUUGAGGCAAGAAGUGCUUUCUACGAAUAACACCUAUAUAUCUCAUUUAUUGUCUCGUGAGACCUGACUGAAGUAAAUAUCUCGAAGCAUUGUUCGUUUGCUGUAAUGCUGCCAAAAAGGUUUUUAAGAUUAAGGUAUUUGCAGUACGUGUAGUUCCACGUGCUAGUAUGUUUGUAUACUUGAUUUAAAAGAAAAUAACUAUGUAAUACUGUGAAA